UCUGAUCAGGACCCUCUCAAUACGCCCAAAUAAUCUUAUACACACAUACAUACUCUUGAGGUGGACCAGAAGUGUCUUGACCAGGCAGAUGUCGAUCUAAUCCAGCGAUCCCGGCUACGAUCAUGCUGGUAUAGCCAUCUCCCUGCAGUAAAGAUCGUAAACAAAACACAAAACAACUCGGAGGUCGUUGGUCGGGAGGUGGACAGGAAGGAAAAAGGAUGGCGCCGAGAAGGGUUAGGAAACCCAGGAAUCGAUCUCAUCCUCUUGCCGAUAAGAUUUUCCCUACCAUCUUGAGGAAUGUAGCACCUACCGAAAGACCAUACCCGUUCUUGAAGCGCAAUCUCAAAGCUUAUGCACCGGACCGGAGGUCGUUGAACAGAAGAAAAGAAUGGGAGCUCGAUCUUUUCUGUUCGAAGCGAGACAUCGAGGAAGCAGAAUCGCCAGAUGCCACGGACAGUCAGGAUUCGCAAGCAGACUCGCUCGCAUAUUGGAAGAUGCAGCAGGAGGAGGGUCUCAUCGUGGUGACCGAGUCAGGGUCGCUCCGUUCAUGUGCAGGCUCCGCCGAGUUGAGAAGCGGCAAGGUGCCAGGGUGGACCAUGCUCGUCGACUUUGAUCUGAAAUGGAAGCCUACGUACCGGAGACAUAUACAGCCGCUGGAGCCAAAGAUACAGCCAGCGAGGACAUCGGUGGGAAAGGUCACCUUCCGCCUCGAAGGCGAAGACAAGGGGACCCAAGUCAUGGACGGAUGGCGCUGUCCCCUAUGCGUACCCUUGGACUAUGGCUCCUGGCUCAGACUGCAUCACCAUAUCGAGCGGGAGCACCCGGACGUCAAGGCCGAACUGGGCCAUUACUUGACGGUCGAUAUCCGAGAACGUCGGCCAGAGGUGGAGCUGGAGCCCGUGUCGAUGAGCUCGAGGUUGGAGCUGGGUACGCUAGCGGACCGGUUGCCCGAAUUGAUGGAGGGUUACAAUGGCGGAGACUUUGAGCAUUUGAUACGAGAGCGAGAAGAGAUCAUAUUCGGGUGGAUACAUUUUACUGGCAAACGAAGAUUUCUUCUGUGCAUGUGGAACCGUUGGGUGGCGGAAAAAGGACCCCUCCUCAUUCACUCUGGCAGGAAAUACAUUUGCGAUUGGAUCGAACGGGAUCGCCAUCGCCUGAUCAAAUACGACCUAGGAGUCGAACUGAGGGACCACUUGAUGAUCAUGGUCGAAUACAAACAUAUCGAUUCCAUGACGGCCUUGAUGGCCUUGCGGAAAUUAAAAGAUCCACCUGUAAAUUGACGAGCUUCACGACAGCAUUACACAACACAUACGACAGAUAU